CGUAAACGUCAGCUGAAUGAUGACUCAGAGAACGGUGAGAAUAUAAGCAAUGGAAAAUCAACAAUCGACAAAAUUGCAUUCGGUUCGGCGGGUGGUUAUGAUACGGAUGUGUAUGGAAGUGUUCGUGGUAAUCGAAAAUCAGAUUAUUUGACGUCGAUCAACACGGGUGAUGACGAUGAUGAGGGGGAUGAUGACCCUCUAAUGGGACCGAUGGCCGCUGCUAAGGCAAACUAUUCGGCACCAAAGCGCUUUGUCGAGGAAGCUGCCAAACACGCGAAUGAUGAUGAUCCGUUCGCAGAAACAAGAACAAAAACGAUCGCAGAAAGGCAAAGUAACUAUCAGGCGAGGGCUCGACACAGACAGAUUUCACCCGAACGAGCGGAUAUGUUCGCUGACCAAACGCCCGACAUUCGUGAUCGAUCGUAUGCACAGAUUAUGAAAGAGCAAAUGCUCCGUGAAGAAACGAGUAAAGUGGAGAAGGAGUUGGUGGAUAAGGCAAAGUCGGGUGAAUUGAAAAAUAGUGGCUCACAGCAACAGCAACAAGCUACGAAGACAUCGGCACCAGUGCAAAAACGAGGAAGAUGGGAUGAGACGCCGAAAAUUGAGGCACUCGGAGCCGGCGCAAUGACACCGUCAUCACAGACGCCCGGCUCAACCCAGCGAAAACGUUUGGGUAUCUCAUCGACUAUUUCUGCGGCGGCUGAGAUUGGUUGUUUUCAGAUAGCGACACCAAGAGUGGCACGAUGGGACGAAACGCCUGCACACGUGUCAGGAGUGGAUGCAACUCCGGUAUCUGGAGCAAAAACCUGGGAUGCAACGCCAAGCACACAAACACCUCGUCGAAAUCGAUGGGACGAAACCCCGCGAGAAUCCGUACGUGAUGGGAUGACACCAGGUGGGAUGACUCCAGGCGCAAUGACACCGGGAUGGGGUGCGGAAACACCGCGAGAUACACGAUUCACCGAUGAUGUGAAGGUUGAAGAAACACCGAGUGAAUCGAAACGUCGUUCGCGAUGGGAUUUGACACCGUCGGCUGCCACGCCAUCUGCGGCCACACCAUCUGCAGCCGGUGGGGCCACACCUAGUGCGGCCCAAAUGGCUGCCGCAGGCUCCGUGACUCCGUCUGGUUUCACGCCGAGCGCAGCACUCGGCGGAAUGACACCGUCAAUGAUGACUCCGGGUGGAACCACUCCGGUGGGAGCGCUGGCGAUGGGUCUCAAAACGCCAGCGAUGCCAACCGUACCGAUGACACCCGAUCAGAUGGCGAUGUUCAAAUGGGAACGUGAAGUGGAUGAGAGAAAUAGACCGUUAUCUGACGAUGAAUUGGAUGCGCUAUUUCCGCCCGGUUAUAAGAUUCUUCCACCGCCCAACGGUUAUAUUCCGAUUCGUACACCAGGUCGUAAACUAUUGGCAACACCAACGCCGAUGGGCGCUGCAGGCACACCGAUGGGUUUCACCAUGCAGGGAACACCCGAACGGCCGGGGCUCGGCGAUAAAUCACUCGCCGCGCUGGUCGAUACUCAACCGAAAAAUGCUGAUUUGCCCCCGUUGAAACCCGAGGAUAUGCAGUACUUCGAUAAACUGCUGAUGGAUGUGGAUGAGAGUACGUUGAGCAAAGAUGAACUCUGCGAACGUGAAAUUAUGACGUAUCUGUUGAAAAUCAAAAACGGCACUCCACCGCAACGCAAGAGUGGCCUUCGGAAGAUCACCGAGAACGCACGACGUUUUGGUGCAGGUGCUCUGUUCAAUCAGAUUCUACCACUGUUGAUGUCACCAACACUGGAAGAUCAGGAGAGGCAUCUUAUGGUCAAGGUAAUCGAUCGUGUGCUGUAUAAAUUGGANGAUUUGGUUCGACCGUACGUCCAUAAAAUAUUGGUGGUCAUUGAACCAUUGUUGAUCGAUGAGGACUAUUACGCACGAGUGGAGGGACGUGAGAUCAUCUCGAAUCUAGCAAAAGCUGCGGGUUUGGCGACGAUGAUAUCAACAAUGCGACCGGACAUAGACAAUGUGGAUGAGUAUGUUCGUAAUACAACGGCACGUGCGUUCGCUGUGGUGGCAUCGGCACUGGGCAUACCGGCCCUUUUGCCUUUCCUGAAGGCAGUCUGCAAGAGUAAGAAGAGUUGGCAAGCGAGACAUACAGGAAUAAAGAUAGUUCAACAGAUGGCGAUUCUAAUGGGAUGUGCAGUUUUGCCGCAUUUAAGAGCAUUGGUGGAGAUUGUAGAGACUGGAUUGGUGGAUGAUCAACAGAAGGUGCGAACGAUCACAGCGUUGUGUCUGGCUGCAUUGGCUGAGGCAGCCACACCGUACGGUAUCGAGGCGUUCGACUCGGUGCUGAAACCACUCUGGAAAGGUAUCAGAUCGCAUCGAGGAAAGGGUUUAGCGGCCUUCUUGAAGGCAAUUGGCUUUCUGAUUCCGUUGAUGGACGCUGAAUACGCGUCGUAUUACACUCGGGAAGUGAUGCUGAUCCUGAUUAGAGAGUUCGCAUCGCCUGAUGAAGAAAUGAAGAAGAUUGUGUUGAAGGUGGUGAAGCAGUGCUGUGCAACGGACGGUGUAGAGGCUGCUUAUAUUCGUGAUGAAAUUUUGACACAUUUCUUCAAAGCAUUCUGGAAUCAUAGAAUGGCAUUGGACAGACGCAAUUAUAGACAGUUGGUCGAUACAACUGUGGAAAUGGCACAAAAGGUUGGAUCAGCGGAAAUGAUAGCGCGUAUAGUGGACGAUUUGAAAGAUGAGAAUGAGUUGUAUCGUAAAAUGGUUAUGGAGACGAUAGAGAACAUAGUGGCGUUGAUGGGUGCAAACGAUAUUGAUGCGCGCCUGGAGGAACAGCUCAUCGACGGCAUCGUUUAUGCGUUCCAGGAACAAACUCAGGAGGACGCCGUAAUGUUGGAUGGAUUCGGAACGGUGUGUAAGGGAUUGGGACGUCGCACAAAGCCGUAUUUACCACAAAUUUGUGGUACUAUCUUGUGGCGAUUAAACAAUAAGUCAGCAAAAGUUCGACAACAAGCUGCAGAUUUGAUCGCCAAACUAGCGCCAGUAAUGAAUAUUUGUCAAGAAGAGAAACUGAUGGGUCAUUUGGGUGUUGUUUUGUAUGAGUAUUUGGGAGAGGAGUAUCCCGAGGUGUUGGGCUCGAUUUUGGGUGCACUGAAAUCGAUUGUGAACGUGAUUGGUAUGACGAAGAUGACUCCGCCGAUCAAGGAUCUGUUGCCGAGACUUACGCCAAUCCUCAAAAAUCGACACGAGAAAGUGCAAGAGAACUGCAUCGAUUUGGUGGGACGUAUUGCGGAUCGUGGCAGUGAGUUUGUGUCGGCACGUGAAUGGAUGCGUAUCUGUUUUGAAUUGCUCGAGUUGCUAAAGGCACACAAGAAGUCAAUUCGACGUGCUGCAAUCAACACAUUCGGAUAUAUUGCGAAGAUCGCGAUGGAUGCUGUUGCGCAUUUGACAUUAGGUGUGUACGGGUUCGGUUGUGAGGACGCCCUCAUACAUAUCUUCAAUUACGUAUGGCCGAAUAUGCUUGAAAAUUCACCACAUGUCAUCCAACGAUUCAUAUUUUCAUGCGAUGCCAUGCGUGUUUCAUUGGGUCCAAUCCGUGUAAUGCAGUAUUGCCUACAAGCCCUUUGGCAUCCGGCUCGAAAAGUUCGAGAGCCAAUUUGGAAGGUAUUCAACAAUCUGAUGUUAGGAUCGCAGGAUGCUCUAGUGGCUGGAUAUCCGCGAGUACAGAACACCGAACGGAAUUCGUAUAUUCGAUAUGAAUUGGAUUACGUUCUUUGA